CCUCGUUUAUCGAACACUAGACUUUUUUCGUUCAUCACCUGUUACAGGUGAACUGGAGACCUAAGCAUCAAGACGAUUUGCGGUCACAUAAUUCGAAGGCAGAUCUUGCAAGAUGUUGCCCAACCCAGCUGGUGGACGUUACGGUCCCGAAUCCGGAAGCCCGAAUCUGUACCCUCACCCCUACGAGCAUCUACGUCCCACGAACACAACCAACUCCAGCACCCCCCUCUCCAAAAACAACAUGGACGACCCCGUCCACAAAACCCUCUACGCCCAAGGCUACGAGAUGCGCAAGAAAGUCGUCGGGGAAGAUUACGUCGCUACCACUUUAGAGAAAGGGAGCAGUGAUUUCAUGAGGCCGUUGCAGCAGUUUGCUACUGAAUCAGCCUGGGGCACAAUCUGGACUCGACCGGGACUUUCGCUUCGUGAUAGAAGUUUGUUGAAUCUGGUCAUGUUGACGGCGUUGGGGAAGUGGAUUGAGCUUGGGACGCAUGUUAGGGGCGCAGUGAGGAAUGGGGCGAGUGAGGUUGAGAUUCGGGAGGCGUUGUUGCAGGCUAGUGCGUAUUGUGGAAUGCCGGCUGGGAUGGAGGCUUUUAGAGUCGCGGAUAGGGUUUUGAAUGAAAUGGUUGAGAAGGGCGAGUUGGUUCGAGGUUGAGCACUAGCUAUAAAGAGAUCACGACGUGAUUAUAGACAUCAGCGAGGGUAGAAAAUUUGCAGUCAAAGCUAUCUUAUUCGUUUCUUGAGAUUGCUCUAGGGACUGAUCGCACAAACGAUUCGCAUCGAUGUAAUGUAGCCCCCGUAGCUAGCUAAAGUACAUCUCCGUCUUUGCG